CGGGCUCGGGGGCGGUGGCGAGCGAGGAGGAAGAGGGGGAGGGGGGUGGCGGCGGUUGCUGCGGCUGGCUGGAGCCUGGCCCGUGGCUCUGCCGGGGCCGCACCGUCCCCCCAGCAAAGCCCCGGGGGGCCUUGUGGCGGUAGAUAACGCCAGGACUGCAGGCGGAGCCGUGUGGGUCCUUGGUCCCCGGCGCGGGGACUGGGCCUGGCCUCUCCCAGGCCGCAGCCCAUUGCUUCCCACACCCCGAGGAACGCCUGCCUGAAGGAGUAGGUGGGUCUGGGUAUCCGCCGCGCCUCAGCAUGGCGGUGUGACAUUUUGUCGGCGCCACACAACUUAAUCCUUUUCUCUCCUCCAUCCCCAGAUGAGCUGAGAGUCGUUGGCCAGAGGAGGGUGGAAGGUGCAGGGGCGAGGCCCUGAAUGGUGUGCGAGUGUCCCAGGGCCGGCCCCAGGGUGGCCCCUUGAUCAGAGUCUCGCCCCCAGGAGAGGUUUGCCCCUUCCCCAGGUUUGCCCCCGCCCCAGGUUCGCCCCAUGUCAGCCCUUGGCGAGCGCUGGUGCAGCGCUCGCAGCCUGACGGGCGGCCUGGCUCCUGUCCGCAGGCCCCUCUCGCUGACCCUGCGGUGGUGUCGGAGGACAGCAAGAUCAACGCACCGCUCUCCUACCUGAGCUGGGCUCAGUGCUGGCGGUACCCCAACGACUGUAACAGCCCCCUCCAUGCAGCUGCCCCAGAAGAUGGAAGAGAAAAGAAUGCUUGAAGCAGAGGAGCUUUCCAGUUCCAGGGAGGACAGGAUUGAAGGUGAUUUGAAGACGUUUUGGACAAAACUGGGAGGUAGAAGAGUGGAUGUCAUAUUUGAGCAGGUGCAAAAUGUGCUGCUGUUGCUAAAGCAAAAGAUCAAGAAUGGAACUGCCACAAACCAAGAAUGCUGGCAGGCUUGGGCACUGGUGAAUGAAGCUAAUCUAGGUGAUCUCUUAACCUUGACAAAUGUAAGUGAUGUGUUUGAUGGAGAUGGUGUACAGGAAACCAAACCCAAAUCACACUGUCUUACAGAUGACAACGCUGCAGACUCUGUAGAAGGUUCUCACAGUCCAAAUAGCAAAAAGGAAGAGAUGGAAAAAACAUGUUCAGGGAGUAAAGAAGCAUCUAGUGAAAUUCAGGAUUUACCUUUAAACCCACAGUAUCAGCACCACAAGUGCUCUAGUGCAUGUCUUGCCAAGAGAUCAGCGGGCUUCUACAAGGGCGAAAAUCCUCUUAAGAUACCAAUCCUGUUUCACUUUCAAAGACGCCAUGCAAAAGCAGAUUGCCUUUCAAAAUCACUGGAUGUGAAUUACAAAGCUCCUUGUGGUCGAAGUCUGAGAAGCUUUCAAGAUGUGCAAAAUUAUUUGUUUGAAACAGAGUGCAAUUUCUUAUUUGUUGAUCACUUCUCCUUCAACACAUACGUACUGUUGGGCAGGAACACUGUAAAUCCUGAACCCCUUGUGUUUGAUUUUGAUAUUAGCAAUGGAGCCGAGUCUGUCCCCAUUUCCUUCUGUAAUGAUCUUGACCGUGCAAGACUACCUUAUUUCAAAUAUCGGAGGGCAUCGUGGCCGCGUGGAUAUUAUCUCAACAAUUUCUCCAGCAUGUUUGUUGAUUCAUGUGAUUGCACAGAUGGUUGCAUUGAUAGGUCAAAAUGUGCAUGCCUACAGCUAACAGCAAAAGGCUGUAGUAAAAUUUCUGUAGCUCCAAGUAUUAAAACAUCCCGUGGAUACAGUUACAAAAGACUGGAGGGACCUGUUCCUAGUGGAAUUUAUGAGUGUAGUGUGUUGUGCAGGUGUGACAAACUGAUGUGUCAGAACAGAGUUGUACAGCAUGGCAUUCAAGUCAGGUUGCAAGUGUUCAACACAGAGAAGAAAGGCUGGGGCGUCCGCUGCCUAGAUGAUAUCGACAAGGGGACAUUUGUUUGUACUUACUCAGGCAGAUUAAUGAGCCGAUCUGAAGUUCAAGUACUGGGAGAUGCUGGUCAAGAGCUGAAAGAGAAGAGUACUGUGAAUGACAGAGGCCAUGGCGCUUUUUUCAAAAAAAGAAAAGUUGACACUGAUUCUUCAGAUUGUGUGAUUGAACUAGUGCAGACUGGCAAAAAUGACAUUCCUGAGAAGCAGGAAUCUUCGUCUUGGACUGUGCAUAGUGCAAACAAAUCAACCCAGGUUCAUCUGAGGGAUUUAGGUAUUGCAACAACGAGAAGGCCUGGAACUAGAACAGUUGCUUUUCAUAAUCAUCAGCUAAAAAUGGAGAUUGAUACACUGGUGCACAGUGCCAGCUCAGAUGAAGAUAAUAGUUCUCAGAUUCAUCAGUCAAGCAAAACAAAACUAACCAGUGGAACAAAGAAAGGAAAAGAAAAACUCACUCAGCAGCAGAAGGAAGAAUAUCCAAUGGAAAUUGGACAGACUGAGUCUGCUAACAUGGAUGGUGCAGAAUGCAAAAGAAAGAGUCUGUCUCUGCAGGGUGUUGAUUGUGGCAAGUCAGGUGUGCUGGAUGACACAUGUGUUUUGAGGCCAUCCAAAACUCUACCACUAAAAACUGACUGCAAAGAGGAAAAUCACAGGCAGUCAAAACGAGAGGCAAUUUGUGAGGAGACUGAUGGUGAUACGACACUUAUGAAGAAUGCUAAUGAAAAUAUUUAUGUACUGGAUGCCACAAAAGAAGGAAAUGUGGGUCGUUUUCUUAAUCACAGCUGCUGCCCAAAUCUCUUUGCACAGAGUGUGUUUGUAGAGACUCACAACAGAAGUUUCCCAUGGGUGGCGUUCUUCACAAACAGGCAUGUCAAAGCUGGAACCGAGCUUACGUGGGAUUAUGGUUAUGAAGCUGGAAGCAUGCCAGAGACAGAGAUUUCCUGUCAGUGUGGAGUUCAGAAGUGCAGGAAAAAGACCUUAAUCAGUGGUAGGAAUUAUGAUCCUGGGCUGUUUGAGGAAAAGCUGUUUCUUGCUGCAGAAAACAGACCUGAUGUUUCAAAAGAUAAAGCAAGUAUUUGCUCUGUGUGGCUGGUGCUUUUUUAUUCUCCUCCUCUACGUGAGGAUACACUAGAUACAGUGGUUGCAACCCAGCUUCUAGUCCGCUUGCAGUCUGAUGCACUGCUUGCGAAUCUGACAUACCAGACCAGUGAUCAUAUCUUGUCUUCUUGCAAAAUUAUCUUACAAGGCCUCGAAGCACCGGGGCAUGAGGGAGGACAUCACCUCAGCAGGCCCCGGCCCAGCCCUGCCUCAGCGCCCAGCUGUCCAUAUCGCACCAGGAUUUUUCCUCAACCUGUAAGAACACCAGGGACUGUAGACUCCACCUUCAGCCUCUCCCUCACGAAGUUCCCAGGGCCCCUGAAGCUGGAUCCUCCGACUGGGCCUGAGCAGGGCCUAUGUAUCUGCACCAAUUCCAGUUUUCCUGCUCUAGGUGUUUUCCGAAUAAUGGCGAAGAUGGUGAGAAGAACGUGUGCAUUUUGUUCAGAAGGGGAGGCUGGUUCUGUAAUGUAUAUUGCCAAAGAGCGAAAUAUUGCAGCUCAUCAGGAUUGUCUGUUAUUUUCCUCAGGAUUUGUGGAAUCCGAAGAAUAUAACCCAGAUAAUCUAGAUUUAAGGUUUGAUGUGGCAUCAGUGUUGAAAGAACUCAAAAGAGGAAAGCGGCUGGUGUGCAACUUCUGUCGCAAGAAAGGAGCCACUGUGGGAUGUGAGGAAAGAGCCUGUCGCAGAAGUUAUCACUACUUCUGUGCACUCUGCGAUGAUGCAGCAAUAGAAACAGAUGAAGUAAAUGGAGUCUACCGAGUGUUCUGCCCAAAACAUGACCCAGGCAAUAGGACCAAUCACUAUGAUGCAGCUAGUAAGAGGAGAAGACAUGAAUUGAAAUCUUCCACCAUCACAGAACAAAUGAGCACAGAAGAGAUGGCAGAAGAAAACAGUUUACGAAUGCUAAAAAGAAAAAACAACAGGCAUAAAGUCCGAAUAGACUUUCUUAGGAAAUGCAAGCAAGCCGGGCUUCUGGAUGACAUAUUUGAAGAAAUGCUGGACACGCUUCACCUGGCGCAAGAAAAACUGAUGGAUGACAACACUUCAGAAACAGAGUAUGAGGAGACAGUGAUGUCACUCUUUGACUGUGGACUCUUUGAAAAUAUACUGACCAAUAUACAUUCAGGAACAGAGGAAAAAAUCCAGGAACUUCUGGAAAGUAGAAAAAGACUGGAUAACAAGAUUGAGCUACUGCAAGACUUAAAAGAAGUUGUUCUUCCUCCCCAAGAGAACACCGCUAGUACCUCCAGUAUGGUGUCUGAAUAACCCCUCAGUCUGUCUGUAACGGUGUCAAUAUUUAGGGUUUUAUAAUCAUAGGAAUCAUACAGCAUCUCUGGUCAGUGUCUAAGUAAUUCCCUCCCACCCCCAAGACACAGACACAGCAAGAACUGGGCGUUUUACUCCUUUUUAUACCUCACUAUUGCAAUAAUUUGAAAUGGUCUGUUUCUUUAAAUUUUACAAGGGAUCAAUGAGUGUUAAACACCAAAUUUAGCUUUUUUUAAAGCUCAACAAAACCCUCUAAUGAAGAGUGUUUUCUCAAAGUCAAGGCAGCAUCAGCUUGUUAAUUUGUUCACUCCCUCCUGCCUGUGUGCAGUAGCUGCUUCCCUGUCUGCAUAAAGACAGCAAUGUUUUUAAGGAUCACAGUGCUGCUUUGGCUUUCCAAAAAAGAUAAAUUAGCAGAACCUGCACUCAAAGAAGCCUUCUGAAUUAUGAACAGGAGUUUGGUUUUAUAUAAAACUCGUGCUGUAAUGACAGGGGUGAAACUGUUUGCAGGCAGACCAGAAAUUGUUGGGCAUCAUAAACAACAUGUACAAUGUAAAAUGGAUCAAACAAUGGACUGUAUCUUCCUUUCUCCAUUAAGGAAGGAUUUGACUUCCAUGUGUUUUGUCCUAAAAUAUGGUUUGAAUACAGAAAAGCACUGUUUAGCUAAAAAAGUGUAAGUUAACGAAAUAAAACGUUUUUAAGAAA